UGACUCCGCCGCACGGGGGCGCUGCUGGGCCGCCCGCCCGGGCCUGGCGCCGCUGGCGGCGGGAGGUGGUGGUUCUCGCUCGGGUCCGCGUCCCGCGAUCGUGAUGGCGGCGGCGACCGGCGGAGGUGGGGAGCGGAGCAGCACCCGGGACCGGCUCCUGGCGGCGCUGGAGGAUCUCGAGCUUUUGGCCAGGGAACUAAUUGAAAUUUUGGCAAUUUCAAGAAACCAGAAGCUUCCACAACCGGGAGAGGAGAGCCAGAUCCUGGAACUGCUGAUUCAGAGAGAUGGAGAGUUUCAAGAGCUAAUGAAGUUGGCAGUUGAUCAGGGGAAAAUCCAUCAUGAAAUGCAGCUUUUAGAAAAGGUAGUAGAAAAAAGGGAUAAUGAUAUUCAGCAGCUGCAGAAACAACUAAAAGAAGCAGAACACAUACUGGCAACAGCUGUUUAUCAAGCAAAGGAAAAACUGAAAUCAAUUGAAAAGGCAAGAAAAGGUGCUAUUUCCUCUGAAGAAAUAAUUAAAUAUGCCCAUAGGAUCAGUGCUAGCAAUGCUGUUUGUGCCCCUCUGACAUGGGUACCAGGGGACCCACGUAGGCCAUAUCCUACAGAUCUAGAAAUGAGGAGUGGUCUCUUGGGUCAGAUGAACAACCCAUCCACCAAUGGAGUUAAUGGACACUUACCAGGCGAUGCACUUGCAGCAGGCAGACUGCCAGAUGUGCUCGCUCCUCAGUAUCCUUGGCAGUCAAGUGAUAUGUCAAUGAACAUGCUACCUCCUAAUCAUAGUAAUGACUUCAUGUUGGAGCCUCCAGGACACAAUAAGGAAAAUGAAGAUGAUGUAGAAGUUAUGUCAACAGACUCUUCCAGCAGCAGCAGUGACUCAGACUAGGUACAAGAGGGACAGUAUCCCUAAGUAGACCUUUCCUGUGGUGAAGAUGAACUUUAUCAGGUACGCAGAGAACUCGGCAGACCCUGAGGCAGUGACAUAGUGCCCAUGUGCAAGACUUCACCGAUACUUUGGGUAAGCAUCCCAGGACCCUGGAGAUGACACCCUUUGGGGAACACUGCAGGUUCAGCUCCUUUCAGUUCAAAGUGACCCCAGAUUCUUUAUUCUUGUCAUCUAUGAUUUUUCCAGUUCUUUGAACCUGCUAAUUUGUUUACUUCAGGAGUUGCAUUUCCUGCCUCAACUAUAAUGUUCUUUCAUCUUUCCAAAGGCACUUGCCUUGGCUUUCCUUUCCUUGCUCUGUUUUGCUUAAGGAAUCAUUUUAUGACAGAUACUUUCCAGUUUUCUGAUUUGAUCAGAGGAUUACUUAUGCGCACUGUUGCUCAUGGCGGUUACAGGUUUCUGCCCUGCAACGAAGCACAGAUGACAAUUCUCUCGGCUCUUCCAUUUUGUAGAUGCAGCAAGUAUCUGAUAAAUCAGGUACUUCCUCAUUUGCCCAGACACUCUUUCAGCUAUUGCUGUCAGUAAUGCUGACACAUAUGACCAGUGUAUAUACAAAUCCCAUAAGGAUGUAGAAAUGAAAAGGACUUCUUCAGUCAGGUUUCAUCACAUAAUAUGGGACAGUGUUUUUUGUUUUAAAAGAGAAAUGAGGAAUUUGGUUUUGUCUUAGCUGUUCCUUUUGGAAGUAUUUUCAGAGUUAUUAAAAUUUCACCUCUAUUUUGCAGUCUGAAGUUAUCCAUAUACAUAUAUAUUUUAACCCUUAUUCAGUAUCAUCUUUUCCUCUUUGGUGUUUACCCCCAAUGUCUUUAUAGAGAACUGUAUGUCCUCUUUAAUUCAUGUUAAUCCCAAUACAUGUGGUCUCUCUCAAUCAUCCUAAUUAACCUUGCCUACCCCUGUUCUAGUUCACAUUGUUUCUACGUUGUUCUUAAACAUGAUCAGAAUAAUACACAAUAUUGCCAAAUGCAGUUUCUUAAUGCUUUGUACCGUGGGAUUAGUAUUUUUUUCCCUAAAUGCCCUGCCCAACAUGUCUUAUAACACAGUCACCGCUCACUAGUCUCUUUCAUCUUCUCAUUUAUAAGGACAUUCUUUUCUUGGGAUGAAAUACAAAUAGAGAUAAUUAAUAGUCAUGGAAAGUGUAAUGUACAGUCUACCCAAAACUCUUAUAUGGCUAUAUUAUAUGAUUCACUAGCUGAGAUACGGGGGAGGUGGGUGACUUUUCCAGACAUAAAUAAGAGUGAACAGAAGCAACGACCACUUCUUUUUCUGGGCUGUUUGCUAGUCUAUUAAAGGAUUAAAUGGGACCAAUAUGUUACAUCUAAGAAACAGGUAAGAAUACAGCUCUGUUCACUUAGUAUAAAAUCAGACUCUGGAUAUAAGAUGCAUCCUGAUCAGUUUCUUUACAUCAGUGCUCCAAACUAUAUACUGCUCAUGAGCAUUCUUCUCCAUGCUGGAUAACUAUAACGCCAUUUUAGGUGGAUUCUGUCUGUUAAAAGCAAUUUGGCAAGCCACAAAGUUUUAACUGUGUGUUUUGUUAUUCAGUGGCUUAGAUGUGUACAUAAUAGAUUUUCCUAUUCAGCAAAAGUACCAAAAAUCAAAGUAAAUGUAACAUUUAGUUGAAAGGAUGAAUCUUAGCAGCUAAAAACUACUGAGGAUCUUUUUUUUUGGGGGGGGGGGGAGGAGGUUUGGGGGAGUAAAAAUGCAUGACACAUACAAAACAAGUUAUUUAAGUUAGGGAUUGCUGACAGCU